AUGGCUUCCAUUAUCACCCAUUCUAUGAGAGCUUUCCUUGUCAUACUUAUAACACAUCUACCUGUUUUAGUUCUCUCAAGAACGUUGGAGCAUACACAUACACAUACAAAUAUACACCCGCAUUCAAACCCACCACUGUCCUUCAAGUCUCUUCGCAGUCUAGAAGGACUAAGAAAGGGCCAGACUGCCAAAGGCCUUUCCAACCUGAAACGUUACCUCAAUAGGUUCGGAUACCUAAACUCCGACGACGGCAGCGACUACUUCGACGAGGUUUUGGAGUCGGCGGUGAAACACUAUCAGCAAAACUAUAAUUUGAAUGCUACCGGGAAGCUCGAUUAUGGAACCAUGAAGAAUAUGGUAGUUCCACGUUGCGGAGUUCGUGAUAGUGGUUUACAUGGCCAUGAAUCUAUUAAUGGUUCUCUCUAUAGUUUUUUUGAUGGAAAUCCCAAAUGGCCAUCUGAACAAACCCAUCUCACGUACAAAUUCUCAUCCGCUGUCCAACCAGUCUCAUUGGAUGUUUUCAGGUCUGUUGCUGCACAAGCAUUCGCCGAAUGGCAACGGCAUUCGCAAUUCACCUUCGAGGAAGUCCAGCCUCUUUCGCGUUCAGAUCUAACUCUGGGUUUCUUUGUUGGCGAUCAUGGUGAUGGUUUUCCCUUUGAUGGAUCUUAUAACAUUUUAGGGCAUGCUUUUAGUCCAACCAAUGGCAGAUUGCACUUGGAUGGAGACGAGACUUGGACCGUUGGCGUACCUAGCGAUGUUGACUUGUUUUCGGUAGUGUUGCAUGAAAUUGGACAUCUUCUUGGUCUUGCUCAUAGUUUGGAUCAGAAUGCUGUUAUGUAUGCCCAAUACACGCCCGCAGCUAUCAAGAGAACUUUAAUUCAGGAUGAUAUUGAUGGCAUACGAGCUUUGUAUUCCACCCCUUAG